GAGCAGCAGCGGCAUGGGCAGCGCCAGCCCGGGCCUGAGCAGCGUGCCCCCCAGCCGCCUCCUGCUGCCCCCCGACGCUGUGUUGCGGACAGGCCUGGAAAAGGUGGCAGGGGGCUCGGUGGGGCCCGAGAGACAGGACUGGAGCCCCAGCCCACCCGCCACACCCGAGCAGGGCCUCUCUGCCUUCUACCUCUCCUACUUUGACAUGCUGUAUCCCGAGGACAACGGCUGGGCCGCCAAGGGCCCUGGGGCCAGCACUCGGGAGGAGCCGCCUGACGAGCCUGAGCAGUGCCCAGUCAUCGACAGCCAAGCCCCAGGGGGCAGCCUGGACUUGGCGCCGGCAGGGCUGAGCCUGGAGGAGCACUCGCUGGAGCAGGUGCAGUCCAUGGUGGUGGGCGAGGUGCUCAAGGACAUCGAGACGGCCUGCAAGCUGCUCAACAUCACUGCAGACCCCGUGGACUGGAGCCCUGGCAACGUGCAGAAGUGGCUUCUGUGGACAGAGCACCAGUACCGGCUGCCCCCGGUGGGCAAGGCCUUCCAGGAGCUGGGGGGCAAGGAGCUGUGUGCCAUGUCGGAGGAGCAGUUCCGCCAGCGCUCUCCCCUGGGCGGGGACGUGCUGCACGCCCACCUGGACAUCUGGAAAUCAGCGGCCUGGAUGAAAGAGAGGACUUCCCCUGGGGAGAUUCACUAUUGCGCCUCCACCAACGAGGAGAGCUGGACCGACAGCGAGGUGGACUCAUCCUGCUCCGGGCAGCCCAUCCACCUGUGGCAGUUCCUCAAGGAGCUGCUGCUCAAGCCCCACAGCUACGGCCGCUUCAUCCGGUGGCUCAACAAGGAGAAGGGCAUCUUCAAAAUUGAGGACUCCGCCCAGGUGGCCCGACUGUGGGGCAUCCGCAAGAACCGUCCAGCCAUGAACUACGACAAGCUGAGCCGCUCCAUUCGCCAGUAUUACAAGAAGGGCAUCAUCCGGAAGCCAGACAUCUCCCAGCGCCUCGUCUACCAGUUCGUGCAUCCCAUCUGAGCUGCGGCCGUGGGUCCCAGGCCUGGAACUCACCCUCGCCAGACCUCCCACUUGCCUGCUCUUGCCUCCACCAGGCCCUGGGCUGGCGGACAGGCCAAUCCUCUGGAAUAGGCAUCCAAGGUCAGGGAGAGGGCCGCCCCCACUCCCAGGGAUACAAAUGAACUCGCUGGGGCCCAGGGAGUGCUUCCUCCUCAGGCUUGACUGCUCAUGUGCCAGGUCCUGGAGGCUGGAGGAAGCCAGGGCUGUCCUCAGUGUUCACUGCUCCCCAGAGAAGGCCUUCCCUUCACCCAGCUUCUGACCCCAGAUUUCCAAGAGCAGAGCCGACAGAAUGGCAGUGACUUGGCCCAAGGCUUCUUGGUCCAGUGCUUGAUGCCACCCAUUCUGUACCAUACCUGGCAUGGUGUUGCACCAUGAGUUGGAGACAAGGGUACCCCAAGGAAUGGGUAAUAAAGAUCUUAGAGACCUGAUACGGCCCCAGUCUGUGCAGUGAGCGAGUGGCACAGGUCAGGGACCAUCAAUGCUCAAAAUGGUUGUGGUCACAGGGGCCUGGGGUGGUCAAGGGAGGCUUCCUGGGGGAGGUGGCAUUGAGCUACACCUAAAGGGAAAGAGCUCAUUGAUUGGUAGAAGCUUAUAGGAGAGAGAGAAUGAGUACUCAAGGCCAAGAAGAGACUAGAACAGUCACCCCAUCUCCUGACACCCAGGUGUGGGCUGAAAGGAGGGGGAGGUGAGCUGUGGCUGAAGAGGAUCUACACAUAAGACUGGAGAAAAGGGAUGUGUCCUCCUCUUGUUCUGCUGUAGAUGGGGCUU